UUCAAGUCAGAUUUCUCACAGGAACAGACACUUCACUGGAAGCAGAGCCACAUUACAGUUGGACAGUGCGGAGAGAUUUCACUUUUUUCCUUUUAAGUGGUGGCAGAAGGAAGGCUGACAUUUAUUUUUUACAUUUUUUUUCAUCUUUUUGACUGUACUGUCACUAUGUCCAGAGUUGCCAGCCUGUCAAAACUGCGGCAGGAGAGAAUGAAGGAGAUCAACCUGAGGAAUAAAGAGAGAGAGCGCAUGAGGGAACAGGAAAAGGCAGCCCGGGAGAGGGAGGCCCGUUACAACAACGGUCACCUCUUCACCUCCCUCACGGUGUCGGGAACCACGCUGUGCUCUGCAUGCAACAAGAGCAUUACGGCCAAGGAGGCUCUCUGCUGUCCCACAUGCAAUGUGACCAUCCACAACCGCUGCAGGGACACUUUGCCAAACUGUGCCAAGGUCAAACAGCGGCAGCAGAAGACAGCCCUCAUGCGGAACAACUCAUCCUUGCAGAACGUCACACUGCGCACAAGAAAUCCGGUAAUACGCGAGCGUCCAAGUUCGGCCAUCUACCCUUCCGAAAGCCUCCGACAUUCCCUUUUAGGAUCCCGCCGCGGCCGCUCCAGCCUCACGCUGUCUAAAAGCGUCUCCACCAACAACAUCGCAGGAAACCUGAAUGACGACUCUCCUCUCGGGCUACGUCGGAUACUGUCCCAGUCCACAGACUCCCUCAGCUUCAGGAACAGAGCGAUGUCGGUGGAGUCCCUCAAUGAUGAUGGAGAUCUCUACUACACCUCCAUCCUGGAGGAGAUGGAGCUUGAGGGCGAGGACUUUAAAGCAGACUCAUGGAGCAUGGCCGUGGACACUGAGUACCUUCACUCGCACAGCAAAAACAUCAUCAAGAGACAGGAUGUCAUUUAUGAGUUGAUCCAGACCGAGGUGCACCACAUGCGGACUCUACGCAUCAUGGAGCGUGUGUUCCGGCAGGGUCUGCUGGAGGAGCUGCAGCUGGACCCUAGCACCGUGCACGCCUUGCUGCCAUGCCUGGACCAGCUGAUCAGUAUACACUCGCACUUCCUGGUGCAACUUCUGCUGCGGCGCCACAGCAGCCUGCAGCCCGAGUCCAACUGCAACUUCACCAUACACCGCCUUGGGGACAUACUUCUGGAGCAGUUCUCAGGCCAGAGCGCGGACGACAUGCGGAAAACCUAUGCGGAGUUCUGCAGUCGCCACUUGAAGGCGCUGAAGUUGUACAAGUCGCUGCUGGCCAGAGACAAGAGGUUCCAGUGCUUCAUUCGGCGUGUGAGUCGAGGACCGUGGCUGCGUUGCCAUGGCGUCCAAGAAUGCAUCUUGCUGGUGACUCAGCGCAUCUCCAAAUAUCCCGUCCUUAUUCAGCGUAUUUUAGACAACACUGUUGACGAUGAGGAAGAAGCGUUGUCGAUAGCGCAUGCUCUAUCCAUGGUCAGAGAUCUUCUCAAUUCAAUCGAUCAACAGAUGGAGGAAAUGGAGAAAUCGCAGCGGAUGCAGGAGAUUCAUGCCAAGCUGGACCAACGAGCCGAGGCCAGAGUGAGGGACGGCGGACUGUUCAGGCCCGCCGAGCUGCUCCGCCGUAGACUUGUCCAUGAAGGAAUGCUGUUCUGGAAAACUCCAGGAUCCAGACUCAAAGACGUGCAGGUUCUACUGAUGACAGACAUCCUAGUGUUUCUGCAGGAGAAAGACCAGAGGUACAUCUUUCCAUGCCUGGACAAGCCUCCUGUGCUGUCCCUGCAGAACCUCAUCGUGAGAGACAUAGCCAAUCAGGAGCGAGGCAUGUUCCUCAUCAGCGACUCCUCCCCACCGGAAAUGUAUGAGGUCCACGCUACCUCCAAAGACGACAAGAAUGUGUGGAUACGGCAUAUCCAGCGUACCGUCAGCAAGUGUCCAUCACGGGAGGAGUUCCCCCUUAUAGAGACAGAGCACAAGGCCCAUCUGAGGAGACUGAAAGCUGACCUCCAUCAGAAGGACAGGGAGAUGUUGGAGCUUCUGCAGGAGAGGGUGACUCUUUUCUGCGAGCUGGCCCAGGUGACAAGUUGUCAGGAGGACCUAGAGCCCCCCAUCACGCGGUACUUGUUCAGGGCGGACACACCGCAAGCCCCUCGGGCGGAGAAGUUCCUUCUGGAUGCCACGGCUGAAGUGGACCGACUAAGCGAGCUUCUUCUGGGUUCUAGCGUGGAUGUCCCUCUGCUGUGCCAUCAUAACCACCUGGAAAUGACCGAAACCAGUGAUCAUGAUCUUUUCAUCAAUGGAGCACAUGAAUUCCCUGCAGCAAAGGCGAUCUGUCAGAGGUUGAUGAAUCUCAGUGUGUAUCUUCAUGCACUCCAGGCUGCCGUCAUCAAACAAGACUCCAUCCUGGAGCUGCUUCUGCAACAGGAGGAUGCAGCGUCGCCAGCUUCGGCGGGCGCGUGGCGCCAAAACCGCGAGGCCGGCACGGGGUCGACCAUCGGGGAGCUGGCCCUGCUGCAGAGACAACACAGCCUGCUACAGGAGGAGCUGCUGAGGCUGCGUGACGCAGAGAGCCGCUUCAAGGACAGCGAGAGAGCCCGGGCCAAGCUGGAGAAGCAGGUCCGACACAUGAAGGUGUGCAGCGGGGCUUCCUUGCAGGAACAGGGGGACACGGCCACGCAGCCUAGAAGAGAAGACUCUAGUGGUUCCCAGUGGGGCAACCAGGAAGCUGUCCACCAAACAAACACGACUCAGGGAGGAAGCGAUGUGGAGGUGGACAUGACGUCUGAUGAUGAUGAUGAUGAAGAGGAGGAGGCAUCUGAAAGCUCCCGAGGUCAGACACUGGACAUUUCAUUAGAUUUCCAAGACAUUCCAGAGGAGAACUGAUCUUCCGCACACUUCGCAAACAGGUUCAACUAAAAAACAGCCAUUAUUAUGCCAGAAUAUAUGAUGUUUAUUUAUUAAUAUUAUUAUUGUUUUUAGCUGCUUAACCGCUUUCUGGCUUUAAGGCUGGUGAUUGUGUUGUGUCGUUUGCAUGAUUUACUUCCACUGGACCAAAGGCUUAAAAGGGAACACGCAAAUCACACUACUAGGGCUGUACGUAUAAUCAACAACACCUUUCAUUAGGGGUGUCACGAGACACUCGCUUCACGAGACGAGCCGAUGUACGAUGUACAGGACGAGAUUUUAACAUUAUUUGAAAGAAAAGUACAAUGAAAAAAAUCUGACAAUAUAUUGCAAUCUAAUUGCUCCUCAUGAGUCUACACUCUUUACACUCUGUGUGUAUGCUAGCGGCCCCGCCUCCACCCACCGAGACAAAGAGACUUUAUUACUGACAAAACAGCUCACUCUGUUCAUGCCGUUGUUCUGUGGAACAAACGCACCAAGGUGCUGAAACCAACGCACAGAGUGAACUCUCUCCCUGCCUGUUUGGAGGCGAGAAACGAGAGAAGCAGACACGCAUGCACAUGGCAAUAUAUAUAUAUAUAUAUAUAUAUUGAGUUCAUUUUCUUUUAUUGUGUGAGAAAUUAAUUACCGGUCAUUUAUUAUCAUCUCAGGACUAGUGCUAUUUUUUUUCUGAACAAAAAAUCUUGUCAUGGUUGUCUUGUGACACCCCUACUUUUCAUGCUAAACAAAUUGCAUUCAUUUAAAAAAUAUUUAGCACUGCACCAAAAAGCCACAUCAGGAAGCAAAAAAAAAAAAAAAUGAUUAGAGCACCCUUGUUUCUUCAGUGUAUUGAUCCAUUUGAAUGCCUGGUACAACUAAAGGUACAUUUGGACAAAUAUAAUCAUGAUAACAAAUGCAGCUCAUAAGAGUUGAAUUUAAGAGCCGAUAUCUAGCAACUUCCAUGGUUUUCUUGAUAAUAACCAAUGGUAAUGGUUUAAUUUUAUGUGAGCAUGCAUACAAGUUCCAAUGGACUACAUCACAUCAUUCAAUUCGCAGUUCCACAUGUUCAAAAGGAGUAGGAAGAAGCAAAGCUUAUUUAUUCCUACCCACCAUCCGAUCCACAUCUAUUGCAGUACACUUGUUCACUUCCUGUAUUCCAUGUGAUUUUUUUAAUCAGGAUGAUGUAAUUAUUAAGAAUUUUUUCAUAAUAAAUAGAAAUUAUAUAUAAUAAUCGGUGUAAUAAUAAAUGAAUAAUAAUGAAUUGAGACAAACACAGCAAACAAGUUCAAGACUCUUCUUCCCUGUAUUCUGCAAACAUCAACUGCUUGUAGUGUUUCUUGAAUUUGUUGCAUUGUUUGAGUUCCUUACUCAAUCUGAGUUUACAUACUGAAAUGCUGUGGGUUUUUAGCGUUGUUCUCGCAUAUAAGUGUUUCAAGUUUAGUUUUUAGAUCAUAUUUUGGAGAAAUAUCUUAAUCACUUAAUUUCUUACAUAAAUAGCUAUAGCAUUGUACUGCCAAAAAAUAAACUAUGAUGAGCUAUUUUUGUUGUCAUUGUUAUAUUUGUCCAAACAAAGGUACCUUUACUUGUAUCAGGCAUUAAAAUGAACAAGAAACAGAAGAAACAGGGUUGGGCUAAUCAUUGUUUCAUGUAUUUAAAAGGGCAAUAUUGGUGAAUUGGAAUUAUAGUAGUGUUGUGUCAUAACAUUUACAGUAACUCAGUAGAAUGAAUACAAAGUACAGUGAUGUCAUUUUUAUCAAUCAUAAUCUCAUUUCUAUGAAGCGGCAUUGCAGCUACACGCUCCUAAACACACACUAUAGUGUUGCACUUUCUCGCAAUAAACAACAGGUCUGGCUAAUACAUCAAUAACUCUCAACUAGUCAAUCAGAAGUGUGUUUUUUUGGUUGUGUUGCAUGUUUAUAAACAGGUUUCACCUUCAUUUCAGUGCAAUAGACACCAUUUUUUGAGCUUCGUUGUGCAUUCAUCUCGUUUCAAAACACUUGACAAUCUUAUUAAUCAAAGACUUUUCUGGUAUGAAUGUAUUUUAUGCUCUUGCUGUUACUAGCAUUUGUUAAAAGUGGCCAGGUAAAGUUGAUGAAUGCACAGCCUGAUGUAAGAAGACUGUACUGAAUUGUUUAUUAUAACCAGAAAGAUUAUGCUUACUUUUUGUCAUAUGGAUUGUAUACACAGAAAUAAAAUGUCACACAAAA